AUCCUGAGAUUUUCCAAGUGUUGACAUAACCCCAUUUUAGCUAUUUCGCACGCUCAAUUGUCUUUAGUCUGUUUUUCUGUUCUGCUUUCCUCGUUCUCUUGUACUCUUUGCUGCACUUUUCAUUUGUUGACUGUGAGGGCAGAUGGCGCUGCCAGUCUCUGCAAUCGGAUUUGAAGGUUACGAAAAAAGGCUUGAAAUAUCUUUCCUAGAGCCUGGCUUCUUUUCUGACCCUGAAGGGAAGGGCCUGAGGUCUUUGUCCAAGGCUCAAUUGGACGAGAUUCUCAGACCAGCUGAAUGUACUAUUGUUGAUUUGCUAUCAAAUGACCAGGUUGAUUCUUAUGUCCUGUCGGAAUCCAGUCUCUUUGUGUACCCUUACAAAGUUAUUAUCAAAACAUGUGGGACUACCAAACUGCUUCUCUCGAUACCGGUGAUUCUUAAGCUCGCUGAUGCCCUUUCACUCACUGUAUGUUCUGUGAGGUAUACUCGUGGGAGCUUUCUAUGCCCUGGGGCUCAGCCAUUUCCACACCGCAACUUCUGUGAGGAGGUAGCUGUCCUUGACGAUCACUUCAGUAAACUUGGCUUAAACAGUGUGGCAUAUGUGAUGGGUGGUCUUGACAAAACUCAGAAAUGGCAUGUUUACUCUGCCUCUGCCGAUAUAGAUAGCCAUUCUGGCCCUGUUUACACUCUGGAAAUGUGCAUGACUGGUUUGGGCAGGAAACAAGCAUCUGUUUUCUACAAAACACAUUCCAGUUCAGCUGCUGCGAUGACUGAGGAUUCCGGUAUAAGGAAAAUCCUUCCACGGUCUGAGAUCUGUGAUUUUGAUUUUGACCCUUGUGGUUACUCUAUGAAUGCCAUUGAAGGGAGUGCAAUUUCCACAAUCCACGUCACUCCAGAAGAUGGUUUCAGCUACGCAAGUUUUGAGGCUGUGGGCUAUGAUCUUCAAGAUUUGAAUUUGAGUCGGCUGCUUGAAAGGGUCUUGGCUUGCUUUGAACCGACCACGUUCUCCGUUGCCUUGCAUUCUAAUAUCAAGGGUGCCGAACUUCGAGCAAAGUUUCCCCUGGAUGUGGAAGGUUACUCUGGCGGAGGAGGGAACUAUGAAAUGCUCGGGAAAGGUGGAUCGAUCAUCUACCACAGCUUUGCAAGGACUGGAGGCAGUGCAUCUCCCAGGUCUAUCCUGAAAUGUUGUUGGAGUGAGGAUGAGAAGGACGAGGAAGCUGAAGAGAAAUAAUUCUUUUCAGCUGUUUGUUUUUCCUUUUAUUUUUUCCUUGAAUAAAUGUCAUGGGGUUAUGAUUCUGAGUUCUUGAGGCAUUUGUCCAUGCCUCGUGUCUUCCAUUAUCGAUUUAGUUUUGACUUUGGAUUAAUAAAGGGGUUUGUGUUAUCAGA